UUUUGUUAUAAGUUUAAAAGUUUGCGGUCAUGGCCACAUUAAUUGAGCAAUUGGUAACCAAAAUGGGUUUAAUUGAUGAACCAACUAUACUAGAGAAAACUACAGAAUUGGUGAGACUAUUAGAGCUGAGGUCCACUAAUGUCCCAUUGCAAAUAAAUGAAUAUGGCAAAAUUGUCUUAUGUGGUGAUAUCGCAGCUACCCUAUUAGGAAUAGCAUUUGAUAAGGAACAAGCCUUAAAAUUAUCUGGUCUACGAAAAUCUCAUUAUACCAACAACAAACGUAUGAUAGAAAAACUAUUAGAUCUCAACAAAUUGGUUGGCGUCAAUGACAUUUGCAUACAAUUGAAUCUGCAAGAGGUCAAAAAGAAGGCAGAUGAACUUCUAGAACUUUACCGGAAAGUGGUGGCCAGCGAACAAACCGAUAUCGAUGAUACACAUCCACAAUAUGCCAGUAUGGCUGUCUUCAUGGCCUGUAAAUUGUGUCAAAAGAAAGUGUCGAAAACGAAAAUAAUGCCCUUUAGCAAUUUAAGACCCACACAAUGGCAACAACUGGAACAACGUUGGGAAAAACUUAUUGCCAAACAUUAUAAAAAUACUAUGGAUAAUAAAUUGAAAGUUGAUGAGGAGUGUAAUGAUGAGAACAAAGAGAAUGGAUCGGGCAAGCAAACUAAGGGUGACGUAAAAAAGGAGCGGCGUGUCGAGAUUGAAGAUUAUGAAAAAUGGAAAAAACGUAUGUUGGAAAUGGCCCAGGCUAAAUUAAAGCAGCAGGAGGAGGAAGAAGAAGCAAGAAAUAAAGUUGAAACGUCUAAUGUGGUGGAAAAUGAACUUAUUGAAAAUAGUGAAACGGCUAUACUGGGAUGUUAA